AUGAUCGCACUGACACGACCACUCAUUCAGAUCCUCCGAAAUGACCCCGUCCCCGCCGUCGAACUGGCUGUCGAACGCGACCUAUCGUCCUUCUCACGCUUCACUCGAGACAGCUAUGGCGAGUUCAUGACCAUGUUCGCAAAGACAGUCGCCGAACGCACCCGGCCCGGCGUGCGGCAGGACAUUGAAGAGAAGUCAUACACAUUCCACGCAUACGGGUCAAGCCAGGGCGUGGCAGGCAUCAUCAUCAGCGACGCCGAGUAUCCUGCACUCGUGGCUCACCAAGUACUGUCCAAGAUCAUCGACGAGUUCACGUCGCAAAACCCACGGUCGAGCUACGCCAGCCCCGGCGUCACGAGCCGGCCGUUUCCCCAGCUCAAGGACUACCUGGUCAAAUACCAGGACCCGCAUCAAGCGGACAGCAUCAUGAAGGUGCAGCGAGAGUUGGACGAGACCAAGAUCGUGUUGCACAAGACCAUCGAGAGCGUGCUGGAACGGGGCGAGAAGAUUGACAGUCUGGUGGCCAAGAGUGAUGGGUUGAGCGCGCAGAGCAAGAUGUUUUACCAGCAGGCCAAAAAGCAGAAUUCUUGUUGUGUGGUCAUGUAA